UGCAAUAUGAGGCGCGCGAGCCACCGCCGCGCAUGCGCGCACAUUUUCCCGCCAAACUCGCGCCGCGUCCAGUCGCGUUAAAAAAAAGUUACACAAAUUAAAAAAUGGCAUAUUUUUGAAUUGAUGGUGUUUGUGGAAUUGUGUGGUGUAUCGUGAUGCGUCCGCGAAGAUGUGGCUGGCGCUCGGUCAACUGUUGCUGUUGACUGAAUUAAUUACUGCUAAUAAUUUCACCUUUUUUGACGAUGUGUGGAGAAUCCGCUACCCCAUGCGAAGAUCGCACGUCCGUCGUCAGAGAGCCAUACCACCGUCCACCCCAUUCCCAUGCCAGGACGCGAUCCCGUGGGGUAGGAGCAAGAGUCGCCCCACCUCGGUGCACCGUCUGCGACCUGGUGACAUAGACGUGGUGGCAGCGAUUGGAGAUUCGCUGGUAGCGGGCAGCGGAGCACUGGAGGAGUUCGCGCUUGGAGCCUUUGUGGAGUACCGGGGAGUCUCCUGGUGCAUGGGCGGGGAUGCAUCAUGGCGCGAGUUCCUGACAUUGCCCAACAUCCUGAAGGAGUUCAAUCCAGACCUGCAGGGAUACUCUACAGGCACAGGCGAGUGGGUGACCAGGAACUCCAGGCUCAACGUAGCUUUUCCAGUCGCCUCCGAUGAAGAUGCUCUUAAACAAGCCAAGAUAGUGGUAGCCCGAAUGCGAGCUUCUCCCGACAUCGACAUUUCCCGUGACUGGAAAAUGGUCACUGUCUUCAUCGGCGCCAACGACAUCUGCUCCGCAGCAUGUCACAACCCUGUCUCCUGGUCCCCCGCGGCGCAUGCGAGGAAGCUCGCGAAGGCCCUGGACUACCUCCACGAGCAUCUUCCCAGGACCAUUGUGAAUCUGGUGCCGGUGUUAGAUGUGUCAGUAUCGGUCCGCGUGCUGCGUCCGAUGAUGUGUCGCCUGAUGCACUCGCUGUUCUGCUCGUGCUUCCACCAGGGCGGGAACGAGCUCGAGGACAUCGUGCGCAUGUCACGACUCUAUCAGAAGGCUGAGAUGAUGCUGGUGGAGAGCGGUCGGUACGACACCCGGCCCGACUUCACGGUGGUGUUGCAGCCGUUCAUGCGUCUGUUCAACGCGCCGUUCCCCCCCACCCCCCCACUGCCGCUGGUCAUCCACCAGUCCUACAUCACCCACGACUGCUUCCACUUCUCGCAGAAGGGACACGCGCUCGCUGCAAACCUCCUGUGGAACAACCUGUUGGAGCCGGUGGGCAACAAGUCAGACAACGUCCCUCCGGUGCUGAUGAGGUCGUUCCGCUGUCCCUCACCGGAGGCACCCUUCAUCUUCACCCACAACAACUCCAGGCAGUUCCUCCUCACUGGAGUCCAGGAGGGAGCAUUAUGACAUAUAGAGGAUGUCUAGUUUAAUGUAAUUGAAGAUCGGUUGAAGCAGCAAAUCGUUACUUGACAUUUUUGAAGUGAGCUAUUAAUGCCACCUUAAAAUUACUUAAGGGGCCGUUCAAGUAUUACGUAAUUCAAUUUUUUUUGGAUUUUUGCGUUACGUAAUGCUUGAACGGCCCCUAAGCUACAACAUUUAAAAUCAAGAAUAUAGUAAAUAGAUAAAAUACUAUGUUUGUAGAUAAAAAACAUAUUUAUUCUUAACUUGUAAUUGAAAAACUGCUUUUUAAUUUUUUUUUGUAGACACUUUAGAACUGGUGUCUCUGUCAACGCCGUUGACUGAAAUGUAUUCGUGAAUAUGUAAACUAUUUUAAUAUUAUUUGUAAGUAGUUAGUUAGUGCCAUCUGUUCAGUGCGUUACCAAAUGAAUGUACAUAAACAAAGAUAGUCAAUAUUUCUGUAAACUUGUAAGAAUGGGUUACUAUAUUAAAGUAUUGUAAUUU